CGUGAUUUAGGUGGUCCCCGUCGCGAAUGCGUCAACUUUGACACAACUGGCUUAUCAUCCUCGACCUAUCAUGGACCUCACCGUGGAUCUAUUCCUUGGUUCCCAAUAGGACCACAAACAACAGCAUCACCUGAAGAAACAUUCACACCUUACACAUCUGUUCCGGAUUCAUCACCUUCUACACCGCCUUCACCGUGGGGAUCUUUGACCACGCCUGAAGACACGACAACUGUCACAAUGAGUUCGACGACACUUACAAGGAGCUCGGCGACAACUGUUACAAGCGAGGAAUUAUCUAUAAGUCCAACUGUUAUAGACGAAUCCUCCAGCAGUUCUCCUACUACUCUAGCGUCUGAAAGGUGGACAACUCCCACAACCGAAGAACUUUCCACUUUUUCAAGUGAGCCAUUCCCCACACCAACUGAGACCGUUUUACCUGAACCUUUGCCAACUGACACAAGCGCUACUCCGAUCGAAGAGGUCUCUUCUACCUUAGUUACGUCUCUGACGCAAAAUACGACAGCUGGCCUUAGCGAAACAUCUAUCACGCCAGAAAUUAGUGAAUAUACCACUCUUGGAGCAAUAUCACCAGAUUCUUCACCGGAAACUCUGCCACCUUCCUGGACAACUGUCACUCCUCUUGUGACCGUCACUCCAGAUUCACAUCCUUCACCAAUAACUCGGACAACGACUACAACGACUAGAGGCUAUGGAUUUCCAACUCCUGUUGUUCCUAUAAUCCCUUUUCCCACCCCUGGGAGGCCAACUCCUGGAACAUCGGAGCAGGAACAAACUCCCGAGGCGUCUUUACAACCAACAACUGAAGAAGAAGUCACUUUGGCAAUAACUCCAGAUACAUCCCUUGUUACCAUUAUUUCAGAAGGAUCUACAGCUAUGGCUACACAAUCAGUAAGUGUGGACCAAACACUGAGUCCUUUAACUUCCAGUACUGAGGUGGAGGUGGCGCCUAGUGAAGUCACGACAAUUUCAAGUACUGAAGAAACCAUCUCGCUCACUUCUGAUGAGUCUUUAAGUACCCCUAGGUCCACCGAAAUUGCUGUUACACUGGGCCCUGAAGAAACCACCGAACCAGGUCAACCCACUCUUCUUCCCCCCAUCAUUAUCCCAACAGGUUCAGGAUUCACCUUAGGACCACCCCCAACAACAACAACAGUCCGAGGGAAGACGACGUUGGAUCCAUACUACGGGGUAGCCUGCUCGAAACGUGGCGAACCCAUAUGGGAU